AUGUCUUUCCAGAAGCCCGAGAAGGAUUUCGGCGAGGGCCCUAAGGUCCACAAGAUCCGCAUCACCCUCACCUCCCGCAAGGUUGCCUCCCUCGAGAAGGUCUGCCAGGAGCUGAUCGACCGUGCCCGCUCCAAGUCCCUCCAGGUCAAGGGCCCCGUCCGUCUUCCCACCAAGACCCUCCAGAUCUCCACCCGUAAGACCCCCAACGGUGAGGGUUCCAAGACCUGGGACAAGUACGAGAUGCGCAUCCACAAGCGUCUCAUCGACCUCCUCGCCCCCACCGAGACCGUCAAGCAGAUCAUCAUCAACAUCGAGGCUGGUGUUGAGGUUGAGGUCACCAUUGCCGCUUAA